AGGAACACACUCCGCGCUCUGCGCUGCCAGGAGCCGCUUCACAGCACGGGAGAAAAACGAGCUCUACACUGGCUGUUUUGGACCGAGAGGAGGAGGAAAUCGGCCCGAUUUAAAGGAUAUGAAAUAUAUAUAUAUAUAUUUUUUUCAGCCUCGUUGUCAGGAGUUCCUGUUUUCCUCGCCGCGUGAAACCUUGGCUGCGCGGUGGUUUGUCAUGCGUCUGAUCUGUUUGUGUUGGACUCAGUGGUUUUGAACCCUGAGCGUUGUGGAGCCUUCAGCUGGGAUGUAGCGCAGGACAAACCCACCUCAACUUUUCAUCAAACAGGAUUAUAGUGACACUCAUCGAAGGUAAAUUCAGUUUUUUAAAAGGCUGCUCUCGGUUUAUGGAAGCUGAAACACUCCUAUGAAAGUCUGCUGACUUUUUCUUUAAAAAAAAAACUUUGAUGGUGGGUUGUCUUAUGAUGACUCCCGUCCGGAGGUCAUAGCUGACCCUUCUUAUUUCCCUCCACAACACUGCCCCUCACCCCAAUGAUGACUAUGAGCUCUAUAUCGGACACUUUAGUCCCGCCUGAUCCGUCAAAAUCGGCGUUUCUGGAGUUCGGCGGCCACAGCUACCCCGGGCACCCCGGACACCAGCAGCCCUCGCCCGGCUUGUCCCACAACCAUUACCCGGUCCACGGCCUGCACGCCGUCGGGCCCUCGCAGCACGACGUUCCCUUCUCCUCAGGUGCAUCCUCUUACGGUCGCCCGCUGGGAUACCCGCCCUACCACAGCCCCGUGAGCGCGCACCAUCCCGGGGCCUACUUGCCGUACCAGCACGGGGGUCACGGCGGCGCGCUUGGACACACCAGACUGGAGGAUGCGGAGCAUGAGAAGCCCACUGCGGUGAUAGAGAACGGGGAGGUGAGGCUGAACGGGAAGGGGAAGAAGAUCAGGAAGCCUCGGACUAUUUACUCCAGCCUACAGCUCCAGGCGCUGAAUCAGCGCUUCCAGCAAACCCAGUACCUCGCCCUGCCCGAGAGGGCCGACCUGGCAGCCAAACUGGGCCUGACGCAGACCCAGGUGAAAAUAUGGUUCCAAAACAAACGAUCCAAAUACAAAAAGAUCAUGAAGAACGGACCUUGCGGACCUGAGGGAGACCACCUAGCCCCGCCACCGCCGUCCUCCUCCUCUCCUUGCUCCCUGUGGGAUAUCAGCAUGGCCGCCAAAGGUGCACCAGUGCACUCUGGAGGAUAUAUGAACAAUUUUGGACACUGGUACCCUGGACACCAGCAGGACUCCAUGCCAAGGACUCAGAUGAUGUGACAGACGGGAGGACUCAGCAUUUUCCAGGACAAAUAACGGAUUUAUGCCAGCAAGCUGACUGGAACUGUUAGGGACACAGACAUUGUUUAGAUUCUGAGCCGCUCUGGAGGCAGAAAUAACUCAGAGAUGUCGUAAGGUGAACAGAUAUUGUGUACAGGUCUCUUUAGUCUGAAAAAGACAAGGAGAAACAGGUCAGCUGAAAAUAUACAAUCCUAACCGUACACACAGCUUCUAAAAUCAUUAGAAAUUUGAUUCCAAUUAUUAUUUUGAAUUUACUGUUUCUACAAUUCACAAAAUAGGUCAUCAGGAGUGUAACCAUAACAAUGGUGUAGACCUGACGACAUGUUAGCACCACUUCAACUGUAGCAUUUUAAAUACACCCAGUUAGAUGUUAGCUGCGUUUGCAUCUGUCAUUUCUGACCAAUCAUGAUUCGAAGUCAACACAGUGGUUCAGAUCGCAGUUGCAUACUGAAUGCUCAGUUCGGAUAAGCUCGAGCUGAGCACUGAGCGUUGGCGCCGCUCAAAGCCACAGCACCCAGCAGCAAACUUAAAAAGAUGCAUUCAGUCCACAAGAGUUUGCACAGGAAGCCAAGAUAACCUACAAAUUCAAAUAAGCCAUAUUAGUCUGUAGCUGUGUUACACUGGGUAACUAGCCUGCUUUGCUAUGUCCUGACUUCCACACCAAAGAAAUCCUGUUUGUUGUUUGUUUGUUUUUUUGUUUAUUUUGAAGUCUAACGUUUCUCUGUUAUGUCUUUGUUGGUCAUUUUGCCCGUUUGCUAAAUGCAUAUUUGACUCCUCCUCUAAACACCAGCUUAGUUCACCAGUCACAAUUAGAGGAUAAUAGAAAAUGCCAGAAUCUAACUUUACAGUGUAAAGAAGAGACAAAAAGUCACUAAACAGACCCAGUACCUUCCUUUACAUGGCAACAUCUGUGCCAUGUCAAUGGGACAGAUGUGGCCAUGUAAAAUCUGUUUUUAACAUUAACUGUCAAUAGCCACCAUAAGUUACUGGUCAUCCCUGACAAUGCAAGGCUGUAUCAACAACCCUUAAGUGUACUUAAUGGGGCAAGGGAUGGUUUAACUGCUUAUGAAUUCAACCUUUCAUUUGUAAGAGGAAGAAUAUGUUAUUUCUUCAUAAUAUCUCCAUCAAAAGUUACAUAAUCUCACUUUAAAAGAGUCAGUCAGGUUAUUUCUGCCUCCAGAGCAGCUCCGCCUGCCAAGACAUUUUCGAUAAAGCUACAACUCAAAUCUAACACUAGUCCUGCAUCUCUCAUUUUGGCCUAUAUAUGAGAAGCCUGUAGUUUGCUAACCAGGGUUAAAAACAGAUCAAAUUCAAUAGCUAAAGAGAAGAUUGCAGUUCUUUUUACUAUUGUCGGUUUUCUACGAAUUCUGACAGGGUUUUGUGUAACACUAUGAUGGUUCUACGUAGAAUCUAAACUCAUAAAGAGCCAUUAUAAAACAAAAAGUUGAUUACAGCACCAACAGGGGUUCUGAUAAGAAUGAGCAACCAUUUUAUGGUACUUAUAAACCCCCUUUGUUUUAAUGGGAAAUGGGCACUGAUUGGACACAGCUACUUCAUUGUAUCACUGAGUCUUAAUUCAGUCAAAUAUAUUUUUUCCAUUAUAAUAAAAGAUCUAAAAUAACAUGAUGCCAAAAAGAAAAUACCAGAAAUUUAUUUGAAAUCCUUAUGUGUAUGAAACCAUAUGCACCAAGUCAUUCAGGAAUAAUGUGCUGAUUUUGCAGUUUUCAUGAUUAAUAUAAUUGACAGAAUUAAAAUAAUUGGGCCUCACACCCCAUCUUGUUUUUGUUCAAUUUUAUUUUGUCCCCCAGAAAGUUCGUUUUUAAUGGUUUUGGUAAUAAAUAAUAGGCUGUUAGAUGCAGGGACACUGCCAUGCUGCAUAACAGGGUUGAAUUAAUUGUGGUUCGACGCUUCUGAUUGUGAACACCAUUUGAUCUUUAUUGUCUUUUUAUUCUCCAAUGAAUUUUUACUGUUGGUUUCUGUCCUUUUAAAUGUUUCAUCCCAACACUUUGUUUAUUCUGCUCCCCACUUGAGACCUGAAAUAGGAAACUCCUUAUGAUAUUAUCAUUCAGCAACCUCUUAAAAAACCGAAUUGAGUGUUUUAUACCAUUUCGUAUGGGUCAGGAUAUGCCUCUUUGAAAUAAAUCAAACCCAGUGAUCAU